UAAAAAAAGAACACGACAACGCUCGAAAAUCUUCGAAGUCUCUUAGCAAAGUUUUCCUCUCUCCGUUCGCGUUUUCAUCUUUGAAUCGAAGCACAACCAACUCACACACAGAGACUCACGUUCAAUCCGACGUCGUUUCUUUCCUUCCUUCUCUUCGAUCCCCUCAGUGCCUGACCCUAUUCCUCACUCUCUCAGGCACCUUUGGAAAACUGAAGAGUAAGUUAAAAAUGGCAAGGAUCAAGCCUCAGGCUCUUCUGCAACAAAGCAAAAGGAAGAAGGGGCCUUCUCGCAUAAGUGCCACCACUAUUGUAUUUUACAUGUUGAUUCUUGCCUUGAUUGGGUUUUUCCUCUUCGCUACGUAUAGAUAUUGGUCUAACAGGUCAAGAUUUCGAUCACAGAAUCAAUUGGCAGUAUCAGAGCAUGAAACUUCUUAUGCAGACUCGAAGAAAUCCGAGAUACCUGGAUAUGCUGUUUUAGAUACCUCUAAAGGCUCAAUAAUAGUAGAACUGAACAAGGAUAAUUCUCCUGAGGCUGUUGAUGAAUUCAUUGACUUCUGUCAAAAGGGGCAUUUCAAAGGGAUGCUGUUUCACCGAGUAAUUAAGCACUAUGUGAUUCAGGCCGGGGAUAACCAAGGAGCAGGAGCUACUGAAGAUUGGAACUUGAGGGGAAAGCAACCCACAAGUGUGAAACAUGAAGCAUUCAUGCUUGGAACUUCCAAGGGCAAGCACACCAACAAAGGAUUUGAUCUUUUCAUUACCACUGCACCGAUACCAGAUCUGAAUGAGAAGCUUAUUGUGUUUGGGCGAGUCGUCAGGGGAGAGGAUGUUGUUCAGGAAAUUGAAGAAGUGGAUACAGAUGAACAUUACAAACCUAAAGUCUCUAUUGGGAUACUUGAUGUCACUCUUAAACAGAAGAUCUGAAGGCUGAUUGAUAGAUGAGGAGCAUAAUGAUGUCUCAUAUUCACGCUGAUUAACCGGUUUCGAUAUGGUCAAAUCUUUUCUACAGGGACGAUGAACAUAGCGGAUUUUACCUGGGGGGGUUCAUCAAUCAAGUGUUUUGAGCCUUGAUGUUGUUUUUGCCAUUGCAUGUGUAGUUGUUAACAAAAGGGAUUAUGCAAUCUCCUUUCCUUACCUCACUUAUAUCAAUUUUCUUUUCUAUUAUCUUCCUUUCUUUUUACCUAUUAUUUUCCCCCUAUUUUGUAAGUGAGGAUAGGGUGUGGGAAGGUUUUGCAGUUUCUUGUAAGGUUUGGGUUUAGGGGGUUUUUAAUUUUUUUUUUUUUUAUUUGGGAUUACUCUUGAUUACUCGUUAGUGACCCGAAUGAAAUUACAAAAUCAUUUUGCUUUGCCUUAUUAUGCAAUUCAUGUAUCUUCUAUGUUUCAA